ACUUUUUGCAUUUGAAUCGGUACCCAAGGACUAAUUCAUCAAUUCUUCAGCUAUUUAAAAUGCCAAAAAUUCAUUCAAAACCCAAACUCCCUCCCAGCCAUGGCUAUCUUCAACUUCAAAAUCCUGCUAUAUUCUCUCUCCAUAUCUUUCUUCUGCAUUCUAUUUCCUCAAACAACUUCACUCAACUUCAGCUUGCCCGACUUAUCGCUUCAAGAUCAAAAUGUCAACCUAACUCUAUCCCCAAGGGCCUAUAGGUCGACCCGAGGCCUAGAAGUCACCCCCAACACACUCGACGCCAAUUUGCAGUUAGAAGCUGGUAAAGUAACUUACAAACAAUCCCUUUACCUUUGGGAUAAUUCCACUCGAAAUUUAACAGAUUUCUCCACCCAUUUCGUUUUUGUGAUUGAUUCGCAAAAGAGUUCCCACUUCGGCGAUGGCCUCGCCUUCUUUCUCGCUCCCGAAGGGUCAAAUUUCACACCUGGUGGUGCAAUAGGCCUCCCAAUUGACCCAGUUACAAGGAUCAAAACCAGCCCCUUUGUUGCUGUGGAGUUUGAUACGUACGGGAAUGUUGACGAUUGGGACGGUUGGGACCCGAUCAAUGUCGGCCGGGCUCCUCAUGUAGGUAUUGAUGUCAAUUCUCUUACAUCAAAUGUUACUGCUGUUUGGAAAUUUAAUAUAACUAAUGGGACUGAGAAUGAGGCUUGGAUUAGGUAUGAUUCAAGUUCAUACAAUUUAAGUGUAGUUUUUACUAACAAUAAUUCCAAAGUUAAUGAUACCAUUCAUUUCACUGUUGAUCUGAGGGAAUACUUACCCGAUUGGGUAACAAUUGGGUUCUCAGCUUCAACAGGUGAAAAUAUUGAGACACAUACUAUAAAAUCAUGGGAAUUUAGUUCAAGUUUGGAAAUUAAUGAGACCGACAAAACUGUUACAGUAAAUACAGGAAACAAGAAUGUUACAGAUCCAGUGAAACUAGGAUCGAAAAAAAUCUCCCUUGGAGCUGUGGUGGGAUUGGUUGUCGGUUCGGCUGUUUUAGUUGGAGGGUUUGUUUUGGUUGGAUUUGGCUUUUGGAGGAGAAGUGGAGCAAAAGAAGAGGAUGAGUUUGAAGUUGAGAUGUCCAUGGAAAACGAAUUUGAGUCUGGUAGUGGGCCGAAGAAAUUUUCCUAUGGCCAAUUAUCUCGGGCGACAAAUAACUUUGAGGAGGGACAAAAGCUUGGAGAGGGAGGGUUCGGUGGAGUUUAUAGAGGUUUCUUGAGGGAAUCGAAUUCUUAUAUUGCUGUCAAGAGGAUAUCAAAAGGGUCAAAGCAAGGGAUAAAGGAGUUUGCAACGGAAGUGAAGAUCAUUAGCCGGUUGAGGCAUAGGAAUUUGGUGCAACUCAUCGGUUGGUGCCACGAAAAGAAAGAACUACUCCUCGUUUAUGAGUUCAUGGAAAAUGGCAGCCUAGAUUUCCAUCUCUUCAAAGGGAAAAGCCUGUUGACAUGGGGAACAAGGUAUAAAAUCGCCCAAGGUUUGGCCUCAGCGUUGCUCUAUCUACAUGAAGAAUGGGAGCAAUGUGUUGUGCAUAGAGAUGUAAAAUCAAGCAAUGUGAUGUUGGACUCGAACUUCAAUGCCAAAUUGGGAGAUUUUGGGUUAGCUAGAUUUGUCGAUCACGAGAAACAGCCCGAAACAACUCUUUUGGCGGGGACCAUGGGGUACUUGGCACCGGAAUGUGUGGUAACAAGUAAAGCUAGUAAGGAAUCAGAUGUCUACAGCUUUGGUAUCGUGGCAUUGGAAAUAGCUUGCGGGAGAAAACCACUUGAUUCGAAGGUGCCAGAGUCUCAAAUGAGACUGGUGGAAUGGGUUUGGGACCUCUAUGGAAUGGGAAGGUUAUUCGAAGCAGUGGACGCAAAACUAGGCUCGGAUUUUGAUGAGCAAGAAACAGAACGUUUGAUGAUUGUUGGUCUUUGGUGUGCUCACCCGGAUCACAAUUUCCGGCCUAAAAUCAGACAGGCAAUUCAUGUGCUUAAUUUUGAAGCUCCAAUGCCCACUCUCCCACCAAAACUACCCGUGCUAUCAUUUUUUCCUCUUCCAUUGAGCACUACCACCAAUAGUUCUAACAUCAGCCAAAACCAAUAUUCAAGCUAUACUUACAACACAGAUUCUUCUAAGUUCACCUCAUCUUCUACUGCUUCAUCUCCAUCUAUAUCACUUUUGAAUAAAGAGUUAGAUUCUUGAUUGUGGAUCGUAGAUUUUUGGAUUAUAAUGAGAGUCUGUAAGUUUGUUCAAAUAGUAUGAGUAGUUCACUUUUCUUCCUAUUGGUCUAGAUGGUUUUUAGAUUUCAGUGUUCUAUUGUUAGAGGUUGUGUAAAUUGGCCUUUUAAUCCCCAGGUUGGGGAUUAACUUGCACUUCCGUUGUUGUAACGUUUGCUUUUUAUCGUUUAUAGAAAAUCUUUGCCCUACCAGGUCCA